AUGGCCGAGGCCGCGGCCGCCCCCUCGAGCGGGCCCGGCGCCAAAGGCAGCUCGUCGGGCCCCUGGUGGAAAGCGCUGACCUCCCGCAAAAAGCCCCCCGAAGCGCCCGGCGCUCCCCGCCCGCCGCCGCCGCCCGACCCCUCGGAGCCGCCCUGCGCCCCGCCCGACCCCUGGGCCUCGCUGGAGAAGCAGCCGCCCCCCGUGAGCAGCGGCAGCCGCAGGAACCUCAAGGUCUCCCGCUCGGGCCGCUUCAAGGAGAAGCGCAAGGCUCGCGCCACGCUGCUGGCCGCCGACAGCCCCCAGCAGCUGUUCCAGGGCGGCGGCGGCGGCGGUGCCAGCCCCGCGCGCCCCGGAGAGGAGACGCCGGGCCCCUGA